CACAAUUAACAAAAUCAGCGUGACAACCAUUGUAAUAAUGCCAAACUGACACGCACUUUGAAAAAAUGGAAUAAAUUCUUGCAAAAUGAAGCUGAAACAAGCGCCGAUUUUGACUUCGCUGCCCUCUCAAAAAUCGCAAUCUGAUAAAUCCCAGCACUCGAAUUUCGAUUAGAUGAUAUCAACUGACUUAUAUUCAAGUCAUCCAUUAUGUCUCAGUAAUUGAAUUUUUUCCAGCCGACUUGUAAGAUGUCCGAUUUGAAACUCCCAAUUUGCCCCGCGGCGGAAGCCCCACGUCCAAAAAGUUGCCUCGGCGUCCGCCACUGCCAGUUCCUCCUCAUGUCCUUCACCCUUGUGAUUUUUUUCGGGAUGCGGACCGCCCUCUCCGUGGGAAUCAUCGCCAUGACGGAGGAAACGCCCCCAGACCCCAGCAUCCCCACGUACCCCGAAUGGAGCGACAGUGACGUGGACACCAUCCUCUCGUCGUUCUUCUGGGGGUACCUGGUGACCCAGAUCGUGGCGGGUCAACUGAGCGAGUACUUCGGCCCCAAGUGGUUCCUGGUCGGUACCAUGCUUCUGGGUUCCGUUUUCAACAUCAUAAUCCCCGUUUUGGGGGCUUGUUGGGGCUCCGGCGGGGUGAUUCUUUGUCGGGUGGUUCAGGGGCUAGCCCAGGGGUUUCUGUACCCUUGUAUCUUGAACCUUGUGAGUAAGUGGACGCCGGCGUGUGAGCGGUCGCGAGUUAUGAGUUUUGUCUACGGAGGUGCGUCGAUUGGGAUUAUCACGUCCAUGCCGUUAACGGGGGCUAUUGCGGGCUCCACGUGGGGGUGGACCGUUGCGUGUUAUCUCUACGGGGGCUUGGGGGUGGUUUGGAGUGUUGUGUUUGCGAUUUUUGCGGCCAAUUCGCCCGAUUGUCACAGUUGUAUCUCCGAAGAUGAAAAAUUGUAUAUUGAGAGCAGUACCAGUGUCAAUAGUCGAUUGACUAAAAAAAUUCCAACACCUUGGAAGGCGAUUUUUACCUCAAUGCCCAUGUGGGCCAUUUUUAUGGCGAGCUGUGGCUCAAGUUGGGGCUCCUUCACCCUUCUGACUGAAAUACCGAGCUACAUGGCCAGUGUCAUGAACUUCAAAAUUAAAGAGAAUAGCCAACUGUCGUCCCUCCCUUACGUGGCGCUCCUCUUCAUGGGGCUCCUGGGGGCCCCCGUAGCCGACCGUCUCAUCACAAAAAAAAUCUUCAGUAUUAACACGACUCGAAAAAUUUUCACCUCACUUGGUUCCUUUAUCCCAGCUGGGGCCCUAAUUUACUUGGGUUUCAUCAAAAGUGACGAAAAAGACCUUGCUACUGGUCUUUUGGUUGUAGCUGUUGGUACCAGCGCCUUCACCCAGAGUGGGUACUUGGUGAACCCCAUCGACAUCUCCCCCAACCAUGCUGGUACCAUCACAGGAAUAGUCAACUGCUUCUCGACCAUUUUCUCGAUUUUGGGGCCCUUAUCGGUCGACUGGUUCGGGAGCAAGAAGGAAGAUACGGAGCUGUGGUGGAACGUGUUCAGACUAGCUGCGGGUAUUUACAUUUUCUGUGGUAUUUUUUACGUUUUGUUUUCGUCCGGGACCAUACAACCGUGGGAUGAUAAUAGCAAUAAUAGCGACAAACAGGAGGAGAAACGGAUCUCCGAAAAAGAGAAAAAGACUGAAGUGUACGUCAUCGACAGUUGAGUGAAUCUUGUAUUUAUUUUAUUUAUUAAAAAUUAUUUUAUUACAAAAAUAAAAGUUUAAGCCGU